CAGCGAAAUCAAAAGUCAGUUUUCAGGCGUAAGAACAGAGCAAGCAGCGUGUCUCACGGCGAGGAUUAAAUUUUCUUAUAAUUAUUUUGAUUUCGUCAGGAAGGAUCAUUGCGCGAAACGGAGCAAAGUAUCACGCGAUAAUUUUAGCCAUAAGACUACGCAGAAAGUCUUAGUCCGAGCUGCACUCGCAUGACAGAAUCGCGGCUGCUGAUAACAUUUAGCAUUUGCGAGUGGCGAUGGACGGCGAAUCUUGGGUAGAUGGUUACGAGCUGCGUCUCCUCGACCGGAGGCACGAAAGUGUCAAGUGGGCGCGACAAAAAAUGAGCAACACGAUCGUCUCGCACAAUGGACUGAAAAUUGCUGGAUAUGAAAUUAUUGAGGUCUAUCAAGUAUUAAAUUCGGAUCUGUGGAACCAAUAUCGAAUUCGAAGAGAUGAAAUAAGACAAGACAUAGGAGGCCGAGUGAAGGAAGUGAGACUUUUCCAUGGAACUAAUUUCGCACGAUCUAUUACCGAGGAUGGCUUUAAAGUGAAUUUGGCUAGUGAUAAAGGGAUGUUUGGAAAAGGAAUUUACUUUGCCGAUUUGUCUUCCAAAAGUAAUCAGUACACCUUCGAGGGCUGCAACAAGCCUUGCAAGCAACACAACGAGGUUUAUUGUUCGGACUGCGAGCGCACCAUGCUGAUCUGCAGGGUUGCGAUGGGUGCAGAGUACAAGGCGCGAGAUGCGAUGAAUGGCAUCAAAGCGCCUCCGUCCGGCUACCACACUGUUGUCGCAGAGCCAGGUGUCUGCAAGAACAUCAAGUACCCAGAAUAUGUGAUUUACGAUGAUAACCAGGCCUAUCCUGGUUACCUCGUAAAGUAUAAAAUCAAGAAGUGAACUGCAGCAAAUCAUCACAAAAAGUCUCCAAAUGAAAUAAAUCUCUUCCAUAGCAGCGCCAAAAAAAAUUAAUAUUUAUGUUUGUUGGAAAUCUUGAAUAAAUAAAUGUUCAUUAUUUCAUACUUUUUAUCCUUUUUAUUAUAAUUUAUAAAAAGGGUGCAUAAAAUAAAAAUUUAAUUGACAACCAAACCAAUAUUAAAAUUUGGUGCGUCAAGACUAAAAUAAUAUAUUUAAUUUUCAACGGCGUAUAUGAUUACACAGAAAAUUAAUCUUAAUUUUUAUCGUUAUCUAUUGGGCAUUAAUGCCAUUUACAAAGAAAGUGUUCACCAAAAACUAAUAUUUCCUGUUGCGUUAUACUGCUUUAACCUUAAAAAGUCUUUGUUCUGCGUUCAUAAUAUUUUCCUAUUUAAGGUGAACAAUGGUGUACAAGCUUAUGAAAAUGAAUAAAUAAAGCU